GCAGAGCAAGAGACAGAUUUGGAAAACAUAGAGGAGGAGGAGAGAGGGAGACCGAAACCCUGCCCAGUGCACUGAACGGUUUCCUCUUGCCUGGUUCGAAAACCUCCAGAUUCCUUCAGACCUUCAGAGAGCCUGAAGUUUUCUCAUCUCUACUGCCCUGUCUGCGAGGCUUCAUUGAAAGAUGCGGGCCUGGAUCUUCUUCCUUCUCUGCCUAGCUGGCACGGCACUGGCAACACCUGAAGCCCUGCCAGAUGAGAUUGAAGUAGUGGAGGAUCCUACAACCGUGGAGCCUGUCGGAGUCAAUCCCGUCCAGGUGGAGGUUGGGGAGUUCGAGGAGCCCACCGAGGACGUGGAGGAGAUCGUCGCUGAGAAUCCCUGCCAGAACCAUCACUGCAAGCAUGGCAAAAUCUGCGAGGUGGACGACAACAACACCCCCAUGUGCGUGUGCCAAGACCCCUCCACCUGCCCACCCAGCGUUGGCCUGUUCGAGAAGGUAUGUGGCACUGACAACAAGACCUAUGACUCCUCCUGCCACUUCUUUGCCACCAAGUGCACCCUGGAGGGCACCAAGAAGGGACACAAGCUCCACCUGGACUACAUCGGGCCCUGCAAAUACAUUCCUCCCUGCCUGGACACGGAGCUGACCGAGUUCCCUCUGCGCAUGCGCGACUGGCUCAAGAACGUGCUGGUCACCCUGUACGAGCGCGACGAGGGCAACAACCUGCUGACGGAGAAGCAGAAGCUCAAGGUGAAAAAGGUCCACGAGAACGAGAGGCGCCUGGAAGCCGGCGAGCACUCUGCGGAGCUGCUGGCCCGCGACUUCGAGAAGAACUACAACAUGUACAUCUUCCCCGUGCACUGGCAAUUCGGGCAGCUGGACCAGCAUCCCACUGAUGGAUACCUGUCUCACACCGAGCUGGCCCCACUCCGAGCGCCUCUCAUCCCCAUGGAGCACUGCACCACCCGCUUCUUUGAAGAGUGUGACCUGGACAACGACAAGUACAUCGCCCUGGAGGAAUGGGGCAGCUGCUUUGGCAUCAAGGAGAAGGACAUUGACAAGGACCUCGUGAUCUAAGCCAGCAGCUUCCUUCUCUGUUGCCUCCUCUUUUCUUUUCUUUUUUUACCUCCUGUUUCCUUUUAUUUUUAAACCUUUUUUGUUUUGUUUUUUCCCCUGGGGACAAGGUGCUAAUAUAGAUCUAAACGUAUAUUAACGGUGCUAAAAGAGACAACAACUUAUGGUUAGUAGCCUAAUGAAUACCACUAGAAUACUCUGCUCACUCAUCCAUUUUGGUGUGUUCUUCUCUGCUCUCUGAUUCGACAAUGACGUUACAAUAACCAGCCCUGUUCCUGUGCUAAAUAGCUACUCCCUCUUCGUAUCCGCUCUUGGAUUUUUUUUUUCAAACUCCUUACUAACAUGUUCUUCAGAUGUUUCAAUGUAAAGGAAAGCCAUCCCAGAGGAUUAACUCCCUGAUUUCCAGACAGCAAGUGAGGGCAGAUGUAUCCAGAGGAUGUUAGAAGAUUGGGCUUUCCAAAGUUUAGCGGAGCAAUUGGUGGUGAAAGUUUGGGGUGCUGGAUUUUAGUUCCUGUUAGGGAGGAUGGAGAAGGGAGUGGGAUAGACACUGAAGAUCCAGAAUGGCAAAAUUCCCAGGGCUUGAAUUUAUUAAUAAUUGGGCACAAAUAGUUUUUAAAAAACGCACAAAUUAAUUAAAACCCAUCAUGUAAAAUCCCCUCUAAAAAUAAAGGUUUGAAAAUGCUA